AUGCAUUCCAAUAAUACAUAUGAAUCCAAAAUUUCAAUAUAUAGAAGAGACAAAAACAAUAAAAUAAUAUAUUAUUUGCUAAUAAUAAACAGAAUAACCGGAGCUGUAAAUUCAAUGCGUAAAAGUUACUCCGAUAUGCGUGAUUUACAUGUAAAAUUAGAAAAAAAAGUAAAGGAAUAUCGUUUAGAUGUAUAUUUGCCAAUAUUUCCAGGUCGAUCAUUAAUAAAUAAAACAAAUAAGGAUGAAUAAAAAAUCAUAAAUAGGAAGAUUGAAUUAUAGUAAUAUUUUUAUGAUCUUUUAAAAAUAAAUAAAAUAUAAUCUUUAGAUUUAAUGAAAGAAAUAAUUCCUAAAUUCGGAAUCACUCUUUAAAUAGCAAAUAAUCAAGAAGAAGGAAUACAUGUAGUUAUAGAUAGAUAUACAUAUAUAUAUUAAGCUAUUUAUUUUUAUUGUACAUUUAGAGAUUUAUAAAAUAAUGAGCAAUGGAUAUAUAAAACAAGAUAUUCGGCUUUAAAGACUUUCCAUUAAACAUUAUUAGAUAAUAAAUUAAAGAAAUAUUUAAUUGAAUUUCCUUCAAGGAAAAUAUUUGGAAUUACUAGCGAAAAUCCAGAUUCUGUAGAAAAAAGAAGGCAAAAAUUAGAGUCUUAUUUAAAUCAUGCAUUAUAAUAAGAGAAUAUUUUAUAAACGGAAUUUGUGAAAUAUUUUAUUUAGGAUACGAAAAAUUAAUAUUAUUUGUUUUAAUAAAAAGGCCAUGAUGAAAAAAUAAAAAUAAGAAAUGAUUAGAAAACAAGCUACUCAAAUGUUUAAUUAAGUUAAGUUGUAAAGAUAAGCCAUUGAUAAAGAUUCUUUCAAAAAAUAAUUUUUAGAAAAAUUAAGUAAUGAUCAAUAAUAAAUUCAAGAAAUAGAUUUAAGGGAUGGUAAUG